AUGUCUGCUAAUAUUGAUGAUAAAGAUGUACAACGUGUUAUUGAUUAUAUGAGUGGAGCAAGAUAUAUCGGUGAAUAUAAAAAUGGUAAACGACAUGGAUUUGGCAAACUUAUAUUAAAUAAUGGAUCGUUUUAUGAAGGACAAUUUGUAGAUAACGAAAAACAUGGUUUAGGCACAUAUAAAUGGUCAAAUGGUGCUAUUUUUGAAGGACGAUUUGAACAUGAUCAACCAAAUGGAAAAGGAAAAUUAUUAUCACAUAAUGGAGAUUCUUAUGAUGGGAAUUGGGUUAAUGGUAAACGUCAUGGACUAGGUAAAACUACAUGGAAAGAUGGAAAUAUUUAUGAAGGUUUUUAUGAUCAAAAUGAAAAACAUGGUCAUGGCACACAUAUAUGGAAAGAUAAAGGAUCAACAUAUGCAGGUAAUUGGCAACAUAAUUUACCUCAUGGUCAAGGACGAUAUCAAUAUGGAAACGGUGAUGUAUAUGAAGGUGAAUUUAAUCAAGGGAAAAGGCAUGGACAUGGAAAAUUAACAUAUGCUAGUGGAGAUUUUUAUGAAGGUGAAUAUUUGGAUGAUGUAAAGCAUGGCAAUGGAAAGUUUUUAUGGGCUAAUGGUGAUUCAUAUCAUGGACAAUUUGUUAAUGGAAUUCCAGAAGGUAAUGGAGAAUAUAUAUGGGCAUUAAAAGGUUCAGUUGUUACAUCAACAUCUCCUACUGAAGAAAAACCGGUGAAAUCUGAAAAGAGAACUUCAAGAAAUGGUACUUCACGACAAAAAAAUGAAAAACGACUUAAACAAUCUGAAUCAUUGCCCAGGCAUAUUCAGCAGAAUAGUGGUGAAUCAGAAACAUUUUAA